UUUUUUUUUUUUCUCUCUUCUUCUUCUUCUUCUUUUACCUCUCCUUUAGGUUUCAUCAAACCGUAUAACCUUUCCUUUAAUUUUUUCCCUUCUCCCCUUCCUCCUCCUUUUUUCUUUCAUUCUUUCUCUCUCUCUCAAACAAAAGACCUUUACUACUUUCAUAUCAUUCCUUUGCAACAAAAUUUUUAUUUUUGAACAUACGCUCUCUUUCUUUCUUCAUUCUUUCCUUCUACAAUGUCUUUGGUUGAAUCAACAAAUACUACUUCCCCUACACCUGAACCUUCUAACAACAACUUGGAUGCACCCACAACAGCAGUAAGAAAAAGAACUCGUGCUACAGCCGAACAACUUUCAGUUUUGGAAGAUACUUUCUCAGCUAAUGUCAGUCCCAACAGUAAACUUCGAAAGGAGUUAUCAGAACGUCUCCAAAUGAGUGAACGCUCUAUUCAAAUUUGGUUUCAGAAUCGAAGAGCAAAGGUGAAGCAUAUGCAAAAACGUGCUCAAAUGCAAAUGCAACAAGCCUCCAUUCGUGCUCAACUGUAUCAUUAUCAUCAACAACAAUAUGGAAUGCAACCUUAUGGUGGAACACCUAUCAUGCCUUUACCUCAACAUCAUCAACAAAUGUAUCCUCGUGUGCCAUUACCAAGAUCAUCUAGUGUUGAUAGUAGUUCAAUACAUCAUCCAUCUUCUUCUUUAUCAUCCAUGUCUACUCCUCCAGCAUCUUCUACAUCAUCGACCACUUCAUCAUCUUCACCCAGUGCUUCUUUGGAUUCUUUGACAUCAUCUGCCAACAUACCCCCAUCUCAUCAUCUUUCAUACCCAUUACAAGAUAAUGUUGAUUUUCCAGAUUAUUUACAUGGUAAUCCUUUAUCUCCUUCUCCUAGUCCUCAUCAUCAUGAUUACUCUUCUACUUGUUUGUCAUACCCUUCUGUUUCCGCUGCUUCUCCUACUUCCUCCAUACCUACAUUGGUUGCUGUUCCUGAUGCUGGUCCUACUGCUAUGUUGACUACCUCUUCAUCUACUUCUUCUUCUUCUUCUUCUAUAUCUACCACUUCUUCCGCUAUUACACCUCCUGAUCAAUUGGAUCAAGCUACUGUUAGUCCUCAAGAUAUUUGGCCUUCUUCUGCUCAUCAUGCUACACGAUCACAAUCUGUAUCUGUGUUGUAUGCCAAAAAUGGAACUUGUUCAGAUUUACCAACACCUCAUCCUGUAGAACGAUCUCUUAGUAAUCCUCCUGUUACCAUUGAUCCUUCCAAUUUGAUGAUGAACAAAAACAAUAAUGACAAUACUAUACCAACAUCACCUCAUAUCUCACCAUCCGACAUUACUACUACUACUACUACUACUACUACCAUCGAAAAUAAUGGAUUAUCUGACAUGAUAUCAAUGGAUGCUUCUUCGGAUGUAUAUUUGAAUUGUACCACAUUAACCAUUGGGACAUGGCAUCGACUCAAGUUACGUGUAUCUGAUUUACUCUGUGUGUUCAAGAACAAUGUGUUUGAAUGGCAAAUAGAAGAUGCUGGAUGUCAUUUCAAGAUGGAAAUCCCAUUAUCCUCUGUAGCCGGUAUUGAAUUUGUGGAAGACAACAAUGUGUUGGCAGAUGUGCAUUUUGAUAUCAGUGAAAGUCCUCUUUUUUAUAUGGAAACUGGAUCAUCAGAGAAUACUUCUUGGGUACAAUGUAGUGACUUUACUGAAGGAAAACAAGCCUCUCGCUUCUUCCGACAUUCUUUGAAAGGCGUCUCUCAACAUUUGAAACAAGAUUUGAUGACAUUGAUUGAAAAAUGCCCUGAAACUCGUCGUUGGGUUCGAUUUGUUGAACCUACUCAACAUUAUCCAUCAUCAAAUUAUUAUCAACCAUCUUCACAUUAUAUUGGUCAUCCUUUACAAGAUCCAAUGAUGAUGUCUUCAUCUAGUCCCACCAAUAUGGCCUUUGCAUCUUAUAUCCCUCCUCCAAACCCUUCCUCUUAUUGGUCAUCCAUGUAUCCUUCCACACCAAUCAUGAUGGGUGUUUCCAAUUAUCUUGUUUGAUUUUUUUUUUUUUAUUUUUUAUAUCUUUACCCCUCCCUUCUCUUUUGCUUCCCAUAUCAUACAUAUAUAUAUAUAUACAUUAACCACCCCGUUUUUUUUUUUUUUUUUUUU